AUUAGGCGAAUGGCAACACAUCUUGUUCAUUUGACACAUGAGGCCUGCCCCCGUUAGCCCUAGAGCUGCUCUGGAAGCUCUCAUCAAUGAUGAGAGCAUUCCCCCCUUUCUCUUGAUCUUGAGUUAUCAUUCACCCUUACACUGAUAGUUUUGCCACCAGUAACUUCUAGAAUAAAUUGUAUUUCCUCGCACCACAUUCCUCUUCAAAUAUGUUCGGCUGCAUCAUGGAGAAAUAGAUUUUUUUUUCCACAAGCAAGUUUAAUUCUAGCUAAAAUUCCACUAGUUUUAUUGAUUGCUGGGCAUCUAGUGCGAGUUUCGGGUGCUGAUUUUAUUUACUGGAAAUUGUUUGUAAGUGCAUGAUCACGUAUAAUGGCUUCUACAAGUGUGUUUGCAAAUGGCCAAAUGAAGAAGCCCCUUUUCUCUUUUGGGGUUAUAUCUGAUGUCCAGUACGCUGACAUUCCAGAUGGCCACUCAUUCCUUGGCAUACCAAGGUACUAUCGGCAUAGCCUUCUGGUUCUGCAAAGGGCUGUUGAUAAAUGGAACAACCACAAGGAACUCAAAUUCUCUGUGAACUUCGGUGACAUAGUUGAUGGAUUCUGUCCCAAGGAGAAAUCACUAGAAACAAUGCAAACUGUCAUCAAGGAAUUCGAGAAAUUCAAUGGCCCUGUAUACCACAUGAUUGGCAACCAUUGCCUCUACAAUCUCCCAAGGUAAUUAGUGCCACUGCUGAAGAUGCCGGCUAACCAUGGUUGUGCAUAUUUUGAUUUUUCCCCAUACCCUGGGUACCGAUUUGUUGUGUUAGAUGCCUAUGACAUUAGUGCCAUAGGUUGGCCAAAGGAUCACCCCAAAACUAUGGCAGCCAUGAAAUUUUUGCAGGAAAAGAAUCCGAAUGCUGACAAGAAUAGUCCAAGUGGCCUGUCCGGUCUUGAAAAGAGAUUCGUAAUGUUCAAUGGGGCUGUUGGAAAGGAACAGUUGACGUGGCUUGACAACAUUCUUCAGGAUUCCACCAGACAACAGCAGAAUGUGAUUAUAUGUUGUCAUCUUCCUCUGGAUCCUAAUGCAGCUGCAGCUGAGUCACUCUGCUGGAAUUAUGAUGAGGUAAUGGAAGUAAUUCACAGAUACAAAUGUGUCAAGGCAUGCUUGGCUGGGCAUGACCAUAGAGGUGGGCACUCUCUUGAUUCCCACGGGAUACAUCACCAUGUCUUUGAAGCUGCUCUAGAGUGCCCUCCGAACACAAAUGCAUUUGGUUAUAUUGAUGUCUAUCAUGGGAAGAUAACACUCUUCGGCAUUGACAGGAUGGUGACGGUGGAGAUGCUGUUCAAUUAAUUCAUGACCCACUAUAAGAUGUUACUUCGUAUUUGGUGUAUCCUGUUUCUUUGUGCUGGCUGUAUAUUUGACCACAUGCAUUGACAACCUAUUUCCAGUUGAUAACUGGUUAUAUGCUGUGCAGGAGGAACUUAUGACUAUUGUAUUCGAUGAAAAUUGAUGGAGUGAUCUUCCUUGGCUGUGAAAUUCUGUAAUGCUCCUUUUACUGCUAAUGAGCAACCAAAUGCCGCUGUGCUGCAUUGAAA